GAAAAUCCUGUUGUGUUCAUGGAUAGUAAGGAUGUGUCAUGUACAGCUUUUCCCUCUGGAGAAGUAAAUACGAUCGAUGGGCCGGGUACGUCCUUCAGUAGUGAAGCAGAUAGCAUUGAAGACAUCAAAUUAACUGGUCAUGUCGCUGGAGCCACAGCCAGUAUUGACAUCAAACCGAAAUCCAUACAUCGUGCCAAAACAUGGUCAGAUGAAGUUGAGAAUCUAUACAGAUUUCAGCAAGCUGGGUAUCGGGAUGAAAUUGAAUAUAAACAAGUGAAGCAUGUUGAUAUGGUGGAAAGGUGGCCAGAAACUGGAUUUGUGAAGAAGCUUCAGAGAAGGGACAAUACUUUCUAUUAUUAUGACAAGGAAAGAGAAUGUGAAGACAAAGAAGUCCACAGAGUUAAAGUGUAUGAUUACUAAAUUUUGUUACACUCCAUUGUUUUGUUUUGUAAAAGAGAAAUGGUUUGAAAUUAUUGUGAUUCUUUUGGUUGCGAAAGAAACGGAAACCAUUAAAAAGUUUUUUAAAACUAACUUGACCUGAUUUUAAAUAUAGUUCCUUUCUUUAAUUUUUUUUUCUCAGAGAAAUU